GACCAGCAGUGCCUCUCACGAUUCCGUUCUCGCUCUGCCCUCCGUCUCGUCGUGCUGUUCGUACGUGUCCGGGGUGUCACCUGGCUGACACCGCACGCAUACACAGGCAUAGACAGACAGACAGACACAUCACACACCCACGCAUACACACGCCACCCACGCCCGCACACGCGUGCACGCAACGAUUGGCUGACACGCACACACGCGUUAUUACAUCAAGUACUCGCGUAUCUCUAUCUUAAUCUGCUUCUGCGUUCCUCUCUCACGCUCGCUCUUCUCCCCUCUUUCUUCUUUCUCUAACAUCCUCCCUCUCUCUCCUUCUCUCUCUCUCUCUCUGUCUCUCUCUCUCGUCAUUCCGCUUGUCACUUUACACGCUCACGCGGACACGUUAACGCGUACUACCGGCGCGUGUCACGGGACGGCACCGAUAUACAGUGUGGGUACACAGGUCGGACUGGCGAUCCUCGUUUUCGAGAGAUUGCGGCUCUCUCGUCGCGCCUGUAGCGCAGAGGCCGAGGAAGGAAAUUCAAUUAGUCGAGAUUAGUGCUAACCGACGUCGUCGCGUUGGUGGGCGACCGGCCGUUGCUUCGUAUCGGCGCCUUCGAAGGCUCUGCGGGUUCCCUUCUCCGGGCUGCUUCUGCUCGCGAUAGAGGGAGUAAUCCGGAACCCGAGCACGAGCUCGAGCGCCGUUCACGAACACUGCCUCGAAGGGAGAAGAAGGUGGCGGUGGUAAAGUGGUGAGGUGGACGAGGACGGGAAGGGAAGGUGUAGUUGUGUGUCGUAUCUACCAACGCGUCGUGUCGACGUCGAGGAGCCGCGUCCUCCUCCUCCUCGGCAGGACGCAGCAUCCUGGCCUGACGACACCGUGUCCGUCGUGUCGUCGUCGAGAAAACGGCUCCCCGUCGCUCUAACGCAGCGGCUGCGUGUCACUACUGUCCCACUGCCCCACACACCGCGGCCUCAUGAUUGGUUCAUUCUGGAACCUCUGCCGUGCGUGCCCUUCAAUGCCGAUUGAUAAGCAGCUUCAUUCGGAAUACAGGAGCACGUACACAUGGCACGAGUACACGGGACCGCAUCAAGAGCAUACGGUUGUGCGACGCGCGCCGCAGCCGCCACCAUCGACGAAGCAACCGAGCGCGAAGCUACAAUCGGCCAAGUCAACCGAGGAUGAGAACAGCGAAGGGCCGACUCUGGAGCCACCGUUACCCAGGCGAAAGAAAUAUCCGGAGCUCGCUUACAAGACACACGAAUUCAUCACCGCGGCGGACGGCGGUGGCAUCGAUGCCGUCGACUCGAACGUCGUAGCUGACAAAGUCCGGGAGGUUACAGCGACAUCGGCACUGCCACCGAGUCAGCUCAGCAAGGCGAUAUCUCGUAUCAGCACCGAGUACCGGCUGCAGUUCGCCUGGCCUAGGAGACCGCAGCUGACAAAUGGGGAGACUCUGGCGCCGGUUCCUGCGGCGGGUGGUCCUACGGGCACCGCGGGCCCGCCCAGGAAGUCUCUCAGCAUGGGAGCCCUUAAGCAGGGCAUGGCGCCCAGUGGACCUGCUCCGGUUCACAAGAAGCGGCCCGGCGACUUCGAUCACAAGCGCGAUGGGGUCCAAGCGUCCGAACUGGAACCACUGGUGGGCGGCACUGGGACCGACACGAUCGACGGCACGGUACCAGAGGGCGACGAGCGCGAGGAGGAUCUGUCGGAUUUGAAAAUAUCUUUCAGGGGUAAAAGGUCAGGUAGAACCGUGCGGAUAUCGGACGAUAGGAAGGGGCCGGCGAAAUCGCAGGCGAAACCAUUUCCUACGGCGGAGGUGAUCGAGCUCCGGCGACUCGCCGACGAGUACAAGCAUCGUGACUGGGGUUGCGGUCUGGCGGCCGAGGACGAGGCUUCGCUGUGGAAACGAGUCUCCAGUAACCAUGCGCUCAACGCCCUAUCCCUUGCCAGAUCGGUCACCAAGGAGGAGAAGGAGAAGGAGAACACGAGGAAGGUCGCGCCGAUCGCCACGAUGGUGACUAUGCCGCCGGCGGGUCGACCGUCUUCAGUGCAGGCUAGACCGAUUCACGGGAUCUUGCAGGACGACAUCAAAGCGGAUAAUGAUCGAGCCAUCGCUCGUGCAAGAAAGGAUUUCUUGAUCCGCCACCAUCUCGAUCGUACUACUGGCGUAGGUGAUGGCGCACUACUUCCCUCUCCGACGAGAGAGAAGCUGGAGCCCGUUAUCCCACGACGGCGCGAGGACACCAAGGAACAUCGGGACGAGAUUCAGCCGCGAACCAAGUCCAGUCCGAAGAACAGUCCGCGAACUGGACGCUCGCAGAGCCUCGGACCGACCGUCACCGAUCGCAGAUCGCCUAAACGUCAGCCCCCGCGCGCACCGUCUGUCACUAAAGACGCCAAGUUUGCCAAGGAGAAGGAGAAGGAGACGAAGGACAAGGAAAAGGAGCAGAAGGAGAGAAGCAGUGAGCCCGAAAGGCAUCCACGACCGACGGGUGUUUCAGCCGCGACGGGCCCGAGCCGCGUCCGCUGGAGCAUACGGGAACCCUCGACGGUUACCUCGGCGACUGGUUUGUCGACGGGUGUGCCGCCUAUACCACCAUUACCGCCGCCACCCCCGGGCCCAGGGCCUGCCCCGCUCCACAGGAGGCCCCCGCAAGCCCAUCGCAAAUCCUUCCUCGCGACCACCGCUCCUCCCCAUCGCCCUCUUCAUCAAGCCAAAUCCACUACUACCGCCACCACCACCAUAACCGCCACUAACACCACCACCACCACCACCACCACCACCACCACCACCACCACUACCACCACCGCCACCACCACCGUCACUACCGCUAACACUAGCGCAAGUACCGCCGUAAAACCCCCGAUAAAGCAUUCGGUUCAUACGACCGUCCAUCACCUACCUACGUCGGGCGCUGCCGCUGCGGCCAGGCCGGAGCGUGUUAAAGAUUUAAGCCGGUGCCGAGGUGCGAACGAGGCUCAGGCAAAAUUGGCCCGCGGGCAUCCAGCAGCUGCGGCUGCAGCCGCCGGCGAUGAUCCAUCCAAAUCAUCCUCCGAUAGUCGAUCCGCGUCAAAUCGAGCCGCUACCGCCGCCCAAGCUAUGACGGCCGAGCCCCAGGUAAAUGGGGAUGUCACCGGCGGGGACUCGAGCGUCGCGUCAACGCCGCCGUCGCAGACAACGCAGGCACCAGCGCCUGUCACGGCAAGUCCGUGGCUGGACGACGAGCCGGUGGUAAAAAGCCCGCCGGAGCCGACCAGGGUGAAGUCGCCGGAGCAGAUGAUCAUGCGCUCGCCGGAACCCGUAAACUGGACCGUGCCCCUCGACACCGGCAAGACCUUCACCGUUACGCAAAACGUCCGAGAGGAGCCCCUAACACGUCCGCAUAGCGAGGCGAAGACGUGGGCACCGUCGUCGGUACCAUCGGCACCGCAAUCAGCACCGCCGGAACUCGCAGCACAGCACAAAUCGCAACACUCCCAGCACUCCGGCUACAAGUCGCCCGAAAGCGAGAGCGUUUCGCUCGGUAGUUUUAGCGGCAUAAACGGACAUAAGGAUCUAGACUCGGAAAGAGACAGCCCGUUACCCACGACUGCUCAGGAUACUCUCACGAAAGGGGAAAAGGAAGCCGCCGACACCGCAGAAGAGACCAAGGAACGGCAUAGCCCGGAGCCGUCGAUAAAACCGGUGGCGGGCACCUACCUUAGAUGUCUGGAGGAUCCAAUGUUUGAACUCGAGAGGAAGAAGCAGGAAAGCGGCCGCCUGCCGACCACCACGACUGCGCCGAUGACGACGACGACGACGAUGACGACAGCGGCAACGACGACAACGGCGUCGCCGUCCGCGCCGCAGCAGAGUUAUCGUGUUCUUGAGGCCGAAUCACCCCAGACCGGCGGUGGUACCGCAGGCACCGGUGACACUGCGGCUACCACCGGCACUACCGCGGGUGGUUAUCACGUCCUGGAAGCGUCCCCGGUGGUGCCAGGCUCGGCGCAACGUUCGUCAGCGAGUGACGUUUUGGAGAAGGCGCGAAAUCGCUUCGACAAGUUCUGGGGAAAGGGCAACAACGACACAGAGAAUUAGAUAUCGCGUCCUUUGAAACUGCGGAGAAUGGCGAGAAGUAAAGACGAAGGAGGAGAGGAAGAAGUAGGAAGACGCUCCGACGGAUUCCACAUUCUCGUUGAAGAAUCUCUCGUCCCGGAAAGACGGAGUGACUCUUCUCGGGAGAAAGAAAGAGAGAGAGAGAGAGAGAGAGAGAAAGAGGGAGAGAGAAAGAAAGAGAGACCGUCACCCCGUUGUGUCCUACCGUCGAGUAAUCUGUCCACUGUGCUUUCGUAGCUUGUAGUUGCUCAGGAAGUGAGGAUAUCGAAGAUGUAGUAUGCGAGAGAAGAAGGAAGGAAGAGGAAAGAAAGAGGACGAGUCGAAGUGUCUCUAUGAAAGAAUUCUCCCCAGCUGAUCGCUGACAGGGAAAGAUGAGAGAUGAGAGAGAGAGAGAGAGAGAGAGAGAGAGAGAGAGAGAUAUAUCUUCAGAAACGAAAUCCUAUGAGCUUCUUCAUUAUCCCCAUCCUCGAGAUGUCGCUUGUUCUGAAAGUAUUUAUGAACUUCAAACGACGAUGUUAUUACACGUACUCAACACGCAGCGAAGCAGACUCUCGAAGAUCUCGCGAUCGUUCAGGUUGGGAAGAUGUUCGCGAUGUGAGAUGCGAAGAGGUGACAAGGGAAACGACGGGAGAGGAGCACAAGUUCGAAGGCGGAAGUGAAACUGGUCGACGCUGUCGGAGAGAUCAUUCCCGGGACUCGAAUUGCAAUCGCUCGAAAGCGCACCGCGCGACGUUCGUCCCGAUGAUUAAUCAUCGCGCUCUCGUCGAGAACUAAUGCGACGUGUAAAGAGUACGUGGCCGGAGCUUUCAACGAAGUUGAAACGCGCGGUCGAAGUAACGCGUCCGAUAUCUCACGGAUCGAGUCGGAACCACAUUAGCCGCGGCUUUCACGGAGAUGCGAGCUCGGGAGGACAAACAAGGUUCAGCGUCGAACAAUCGGUCGUUCUAAAACGACCAAGCUUCCUGCCCUUCUUUCUCAGAAGACAAGAAAGACAGUAGGACAGUAUCGUGGAUCCGCGGGCGUCGCGUCGUUAGUAAUAAAAGACGAAAAAGAAAGAAAAAAUAGUUCCAGGCAAGGAUACAUCAGGGUGAAAGGAUCCGACGGAUCGACGUCGAGAAGCUUACGACUACGGUGCGUGCAGGUUACGCGUCGGUCUCGUUUAAAACUCGAGGAAUCGAACUCGAACGUAACCAUUCAUACACGCUUACAAGCAACGUAUCACAUACAUAUAUACAAACAAACAUUACACACACACGUACACGAGAAGAAUAUAUUCACAUUUUUUCCCUUUUUCGACUGACCAGCGUUUCGAGGUCUUCUAAGCUAUCAAACAGAACACGAUUGCACACAUAAGACAUAUUAUACUCACACGAACACACCUUUAAAUACGUACGAGUACGCGUACAUAUGCAUCUAUUUGUAUUUGCAUACGUACACGUGCACACACACAUAUACAUACACAGACACACGCACGCGCAAUCUCUCAUUGACACGAACAUAGAAACAGCGUCUAGACGAGUAACACACGUGAAAACAUUAUAUAGAAUAUUAAAAUAAUCCCACGGGAUCCGCCGUAGUUAAGCCCGAAUUCCUUUUCCAUCGAUUAAAAAA